AUGAUUAGGCCAUCAUCAGAGAUUCAAGUCACCUCUCGACAGAUACCCCAGUGGGAGCGCAUCCCAAAUACCUCCAUUCAACACAAGCCGCUCAUUAUUUACCAUCAAGCUUUCAGUGCCUCGGCAGAGGAAUUGUCGAAACAUUUAGACAAAAUCGGUGAAGUCUCCGCAAGAUGGACAUACUCCAUGUACCCCCAGACACACUUCCACUCGACUAGCCACGAGGUCCUGGGCGUGGUUUCCGGGUCUGCAAAACUCUGCUUUGGGGGCGAAGGGAACCCCGAUCGAUUUGAACCGGAGGUCUCUGAGGGGGAUCUGAUUAUAGUUCCAGCUGGUGUGGGCCACCGGCUGCUCUCUGAGACCGAUGAAGCUCAGAGGCCAUUCAUGAUGGUCGGCGCUUACCCACGGGGUAAGUCUUGGGAUAUGUGCUAUGGGCGACCGGGGGAAGAACACAAUCUUCGAAAUAUUGAAAGCUUAGAAUGGUUUCAAGCGGAUCCGCUUUAUGGGAAAGAUGGACCUGCGCUGAAAGGAUAA